CCUUAUCAAUAAGUUGGAUGGCUUUCGUAUUCUUCACCGAAGCUGCAGUCACUCCGUAAUGCUUCUUAAAACGUGUACUUGAGGGCGUGUACUGAAGGGGAUUUUCCGUGUAAACUUUACUUUCGAUUUCACGUUGUAUGUUACCGGUUGACUCGUAGUCUUACAGCAAAAGCUCUUCAAGGCUGAUGGGAGUCGGAUUCGGUAAAACAAACGGUAAAAGGUAGUCAGGGCAACACUGAUUAGGAUUUGUAUCUUCUUUUUGUGCAAAAUAUUUAUUCCAUCCUGGACAAUUACAACCAGGUCAGUCAAGGACUGGAAACAGCAGGUUCCUGGCUUUGAAACUCUGCACACGUGUCUGUAAUGAAGGCAAUGAUGUCGCUCCCUAUGUUUGCCACGUUGUUUUUGUUCUUGGACGUGUGUGUGGUGUCAACGGUGGGCUGGUUUCAGCGCUCCCCCCCUCUCAUCGCUCAUCCUUUCGUCACGUUAUGGACUGGAAGCCUGUUGCGUGGCUUUUUGCUCUACCUCUUCACCUACACGUACUCUGGGACUCCGCACUGGAUAAAAACCUUUGAAGGCUUUCAGACGCUAGCUGUGCACAGCUUUGUUUACCCGGCCUACAUCAGCUUUCUCUGGAAAUGUGGGUGGUCUACACUGGAAUUAAUGUGGGGAUGGCACUCUGCAUUAGGGUUGCUGCAGGGUUAUGGGGUCACGGCGUUGUCUCUGUUGCUAUGGACACGCUACAUGCCCUCCAUCCUGCCGGGGAAAAGAGCCAAACCGAAGGAGAAGAAGGAGACCCCACUUCAGAAGCUAAUGGGAUACAUGAGGCCUUACACUGGGCGUUUUAUCGUUGUCAUCUUCUUUGUGAUCAUCUCAUCUCUAGGCGAGAUGGCAAUUCCUCAUUACACGGGGAAAAUGACUGACUGGAUUAUGAAUGAGGAUGAACCCGAGGCCUUUGGUAACGCCAUCAGGAUCAUGACCCUUCUCACUGUAAUGAGCGCUGUGUGCGAGUUCGUGUGUGACCUCAUCUAUAACGUCACCAUGAGCCGGAUACACACCGCCAUCCAGGGUCUCGUCUUUCAGUGUGUGCUCAAACAGGAAAUAGCCUUCUUCGACAAAUCCACCACCGGUGACAUUGUGUCCCGUAUUACCACGGACACCAACACUAUGAGUGAGUCUCUGAGUGAAAAGCUGAGUUUGCUGAUGUGGUACUUCUGGAGAGUCAUCUUUCUCUUUGGCUCCAUGGUGUUUCUCUCCUGGAGGCUCUGUUUCUUUACCCUGCUCGGCCUGCCCAUCAUCUGGGUCAUUCCGGAAUUUACUGGACAGUUCUAUCAGAAACUCUCUGCGCAAGUCCAAGAGUCUCUGGCCAAAGCCAACGACGUUGCCAUGGAAACCUUUUCCUCCAUGAAGACGGUGAGGAGCUUUGCGAAUGAGGAGGGUGAAACGGAGAGGUACAAGAAGUGUUUGGAGCAUACGUACUCCCUGAAUAAAAAGGAAGCUGCCGCCUACGCCGCUUCCACCUGGACCAACAGCAUGUCCAGUCUGGCGUUGAAAGUCAGUAUCCUGUACUAUGGUGGCUGGCUGGUGACGGGAGGGCAAGUCAGCAGCGGAGAUCUGGUGUCAUUCGUGUUGUAUGAGUUACAGUUUACCUCUGCCAUGGAGGUGUUGAUGUCGUACUACCCCCAUGUGAAGAAAGCCAUUGGGGCUUCGCAGAAGAUAUUCGAAUACGUAGACAGAAUACCAGACAUCCCUCCCGACGGCACGCUGGCCCCGGAAACGCUCCGCGGACACGUGCAAUUUAAAAACGUCACUUUUGCCUAUCCAACGAGACCGGACACAGAGGUACUCAAGGGUGUCUCUCUGGAGCUGAAGCCAGGCCAGAUAACUGCACUGGUGGGCAAGUCAGGUUCUGGGAAAAGCAGCGUGAUCAACCUAUUGGAGAGGUUCUACCAGCCCAAUGGUGGAGAAAUCCUAUUGGACGGAAAACCCUUGCAGAGCUACAAGGACCAAUACCUGCACGAAAAGAUUAGCGUGGUGUGCCAGGAGCCAGUUCUGUUCGCCCGCUCCGUCAGAGAGAACAUCAAAUACAGCAAAGAGGACGCCACCGAGGAGGAGAUGUUCCGAGCAGCCAAACUGGCCAACGCUCACAAGUUCAUCAUGAGCUUACCAAAAGGAUACGAUACCGACGCCGGAGAGAAAGGUGGCCAGGUGUCCGGGGGACAGAAGCAACGCAUAGCCAUCGCGAGGGCCUUGAUCAGGCAACCACAGGUCCUCAUCCUGGACGACGCUACCAGCUCUCUGGAUACGGAGAGUGAACAUCGGGUCCACCAGGCUCUACAGAAAGACGCCAACGGCUGCUCGGUACUGUUGAUUUCACACAGGCUGAGUGCUGUGGAAAACGCCAAUCACAUCGUGUUCCUCGAGAAUGGGGAGGUGAAAGAGGAGGGAACACACGACGAACUCCUCCAGAAGAACGGCCUUUACGCCGAGUUCGUUAAAAUGCAGAACACCAGCUUCCAGCGUAAUUCAGAGGAAGGGGAGAACAGCAACUUAAGUGCUCAUGCUUAGAACCGACAGACCUGUUAGCUUACAGUGCACCAUGUGCAAACCGAACCAUGUCUGUUUCUGUUUAAGUUAUAGUGAAAUGAAUAUGAAAGCGAAGGGAUGAGAAUCAGGAGAACGUAGGGAGGUAAUUCUGUAAAAACAGUUUAAAAAGGCUGACAUAACUGCAGUCUUAUAUUCUGUCCUUUCACACACCACUUUUCUGCUUCUGCGUUUUUUUUUUUUUUUUAUCAUUUGUAGUUUCAUACUGCUUCAGGGUACUAUUACAGGUAUUAAUCUUAGGUGUUUUAAUUAGGUGUAAAUAUCACUUAAAAUGCUCCUCUUCAGUUUAGGCCAAAUUAGGAAUUUCUAUUUGUGAGCAGACUUUAGUGUGUGUG